CACCCUUUUGCUGCCUCGACGACGUUCAACUUUCAACUUGAACGUUGCCCCUUGCAACCUUUGCCUCGCUCGUCUUCUUCAAUACCUUUCAUCGUAGUCUAAGACUUAGGCCUCGAACUCACUCAAGCCUAGUUUUGUUUUUGUUCGACUGCAGACUACUGUAAGUAGAAUGGCUGAAGCACCAUCGACUGAGGACAACAAACAAGCUGAUAGUGACAAGCAGACAAAAGAUGAAGAAUACAGUGAGAAAAUAAUGAAAGUCCCUCCAGUUCAUUCCAGUGAUGAAAUAUAUCGAUAUGUUGACCUGGGACUUGGUAGAGGAAUCGAUGGUACUGAUCCGACACCAUGGCUCAAUAAGACAUCCUUUCAAGUAAGGAGGGUGACAUAUGACAACAUACUGGGUACUGAAGAGGGAGGAGCAGUACAGAGCUACGAACGAGAAAUAUCGAGUGUCCAGACACAGCAGACUAAAAUAAAGACUUCUAUUCUUGUUCCCAAAAGCCCUCUGACCAUUGGAACCGAUGCAGAACUUUCGAGGAGUAUUCACGCUUCCAGGAGAGCUAUAGGAAGGAAAGUCAUUAAUCGAACCAUCUCCUUUCGGGAUAACUUCGAUGACAUUCCUUUUGGAGAUUCGGUACUUCCUGUUGAUGAAAAUGAAGCAAGUGAUGGUACCAUUCAAAACCUCUGGACAUUUGAGCAGAGAUUGGCACACUGGAUAAUGGAUAAAUUAAAAAACAGCUGGGAAGAAGAGGUCGAUGGAAAAGCAGUUGAAAGAUUGACACUACCUAGCAGCGUUGCUGACACUAAUAAUAAGUGUCCACUUAAGGAUCUCAUUUUUGUUAUCAAGGAAAAUCGUAGAGAAGACCAUCACUUGAUAAAAGAAGCAUGCAUGGAGUUUGUCACUCACUUUCGUAUCACACAUUAUGUCAGUGCUAUUGAGCUAGGUGCUGCUGAGUAUCGUGUCUUUACUGAAGAUGAAUAUCAAAAUGCUGUCAGCAUAGCAGGAUCAUUUGGUAUUGAUAAAUUGGCCAGUGCAGUGACACAGCAGAGCUAUACCUAUAAGAAAAAGCGAAAAGCAUCGGAUUUGAAAAAAAUUGGUAUUAUCUCAAAAGAUGACAGAGUCGUUAGAGGAUCAUAUGGUGAAGCAGUAGUGAAUGUAUCUAUAAAUCCAAUUGCUGCACUCGUCAAGACAAAAUAUUUGCGUGAUCAGAUGGAAAAAGCAUUGUUUCAUUUUGUGGAGUCACAGAGUGACAGAAGUGAUGGUCCAUUUCUGAUAUCUUGUGGAUCGGGCCUCUUUCUUCAAGUUGGUCCAAGAUACUCUGUUGUUGGUACUUCUGUCAUGCGAGAUGCUUCUGAGUUUUAUAUAAUUCCAAAUGACAGAGCUGGGAAGACGAAUGAGUUUCUCAUUGGAUACUACAAGCCAGUCAGUGAGUCUGAGGCAGAACAAUCUCAUGGAAGGCGUCAAUCAGUGUUCUCGGAGUCUAAUAAAUCAAAAGUGAUAAUGUAUCUUAAUGCUCCAUUAAACCUUUUUGGAAAUAAUUCUGGUCCUUUAUCUGUACAGGAUACUGUCUCUGACUCGACAUCUCGUUUUGUAUUACACAGUCGUAUUGUGUCGCAAAAGAAGCACCAGUUACCUGUUCCACUAAGCGAAUGGACGAGUGGUGGGGACAUGUUUUACAUUAAUUGCUCCAGGAGGGAUUAUCGUCGUGAUGGCUAUGUGUCAUUAAGGCUAAGGCGUCAUAACCACCAGACUAGAGAAUACAGAACUGCUUGUACUAGCAGUACUAAGCAUCAUGAUGGUAACAAUGUUUUUAUGCUGUUUCAGCUGUUGCCGAUUCCUUUGCGUGUUGAAGAAGACGAGCAAACUUCUGGAGUAGAUCCAAUACCACAAGCAACAAUGGCUGCCACUACUUUUUCUAGUGAGGGAUUGGAAAUGACAGAAAUAAAAUAAGGAAAUGAAAGAGAUGAGAUGAAGAUACAUUUAUUUUACUAUUGUUUGAACUUUAAUUUUUAAAAAUUUUUAUAGUCCUUUUUCACCGAUAACUUUUCGCUAAGCCGUUUGUGUCACAAGA